UCUGCCGUAGGUUCGUCGACUGCGGGUACGUAUUCCGCCCUCUACCCACCACGGCCUUGUGCCACCAAUUAACAUCAAGUAAGACAGUACCUAAUUACAGGUAGAGGAUGGUAGGCUUUUCAGGUACAUCUGAGGUUAACAGAGCCGCAGAGCGGCGAGCCCCUGGGCCUGGGGUUGUCGAUCUUGUUAGCCGCUGGUCUCGACGCCUCCGGGCAGUCGUCCCUUUUGCCCGCCCUCUAAUUAUUCCGUCCUUCUUCUUUUUUAUUGUGUCGUUUUACUUGCUUUUGGUUGCGGGUUCUCCUUUCCACCUUUUAUACAUUGCAUCAAUAUGAUCCCUGCUUUUUGAAUCGCACCUUGAUCUACUUUGCUCGAGCUUCGCACCACGCCGAGGUCUGGCGUGUGUCCCACCUCACGCGCCUUUCCGAUCGCAACCAUGGACGAAUCCAAGCGAGGGUUCCUCAGUCCGUCUCACCGCCCAAGAGACUCCGAAUCCGAUCUCGGCAGUCCAGAUUUCCUCGACAAGAACAAGUCUCCAGGCAAGACCUCCCGAGCGUACGCCACGCCGAAAUCGAGAAUAGUCUGCAGGCCCAUGUCCGGACGACCGAGCAUUCGCGUACUGUUGAUUGGCUUGGCUGCGAUUGUCUUUCUACUAGUAGGAGGCGGAGGCUUCACAUAUCGCAUUUCUGGUUCAAGGGACGGGCAAUCGCCGCCAUGGUAUCCAAGUCCCAAGGGUGGUACGGCGAAGAAGUGGGCUGCCAGCUAUCAGAAGGCAGCCCAGCUGGUCUCGAAGAUGACGCUGCCCGAAAAAGUCAACGUGACGACGGGGACGGGUUGGAGCAUGGGUUUGGCAGUUGGGAACACAGGACCUGCCAACAAUGUCGGCUUUCCUGGACUGGCACUGCAAGACGGACCCUUGGGGAUCAGAAUGGCGGAUAAUAUCACAGCCUUCCCUGCAGGCAUUUCCGUUGGCGCCACGUUCAACAAGAAGUUGAUGUACGAGCGAGGCAAGGCUCAUGGAAUUGAGGCUCGCCAGAAAGGGAUCAACGUGAUCCUGGGUCCUUCUGUCGGACCUAUUGGCCGAAUGCCAGCUGGCGGGCGCAACUGGGAAGGAUUUGGCUCGGAUCCCUAUCUCCAGGGCAUCGCAUGCGCGGAAACCAUCAAAGGGAUCCAGGACCAGCACGUCAUGGCCACCAUCAAGCAUUUUGUCGGCAACGAGCAGGAGCACUUUCGUCAGGCCUGGGAAUGGGGUCUGCCGAACGCCAUAUCGAGCAACAUUGACGACCGAACCAUGCACGAAAUCUACGCAUGGCCCUUUGGCGACGCUGUAAAAGCCGGCGUGGCCAGCGUAAUGUGCUCUUACAACCAGGUUAACAACUCGUAUGCCUGUGGUAACUCGAAGCUCUUGAACGGCAUUUUGAAGGAUGAGCUUGGUUUCCAAGGAUUUGUCAUGUCAGACUGGCUGGCGCAGCGUUCAGGAGUCGCCAGUGCACUGGCAGGCCUGGAUAUGACCAUGCCUGGUGAUGGUCUGGGGUGGGCAGACGGCAAGUCCCUGUGGGGACCGAAGCUGUCUCAAGCUGUCUUGAACGGGUCUCUGCCGCUUGACCGACUUGACGAUAUGGUUACACGGAUCGUUGCAUCGUGGUACCAGCUUGGCCAGGACAACCGCACUCUUUUCGACGCGACUGGUCCCAACUUCUCUUCUUUCACGGACGAGAAGAUGGGGGUCAUGGCACCUGGCAGCCCGACAGAGCAAAGUCUUGUUGAAGUCAACAAGUUUGUGGACGUCCAGGCUGACCACGCCAAGAUUGCUCGGGAGAUUGCCAUCGAGUCCAUUGUCAUGCUGAAGAACGAGAGGGAUUGGCUCCCGAUGAGUCGCAACGCCGAGUUUGGUGUAGACCGAAAUCCGUGGAAGAACAAGAAACUCAAGGUUGGCAUUUUCGGCGAAGACGCUGGACCUGGCGAGGGCCCCAACGCUUGUCCCGACAGGGGCUGCAACCAAGGUACCCUGGCUAUGGGAUGGGGCUCAGGAGCAGUUGAAUUGCCAUACCUGAUCACACCCGCUGAGGCAUUGGAAAAAGGCUUCAACGCUAGCAGGGUCGAGGUCACCAAGUAUCUUGCGAAUGAUCUCCCCGGGCUGGAGGAGUCUCGUGCCUUGGAAGGUCGAGACGUCUGCAUCGUGUUCGCCAACUCGGAUGCCGGCGAGGGCUUCGUGUCUUGGAACGGGAUCAAGGGAGAUCGCAACGAUCUGAGACUGCAAAAGGGCGGAGACGAGCUCAUCCUGGAAGUGGCCGACAAUUGCGGCGGUGGCAAGGGCAAGACCAUUGUUGUUUACCAUGCCGUGGGGCCUGUGUUAGUCGACAAAUGGAUCAACCACAAGAAGAUCAAGGCCGUCUUCGCUGCUCACCUGCCUGGCCAGGAGAGCGGAAAUGCCAUUGCUAGCAUCAUCUUUGGCGACGAGAGCCCAAGCGGCAAGUUGCCAUAUACCAUUGCGAAACGUGCUGAGGACUAUGGCGACGGAGGCCAGGUCAUGUACACCCCGAACGAUGUGGUUCCCCAGCAAGACUUCACAGAGGGCAUUUACAUCGACUACCGCUGGCUCAACAGAGACGGUCUGUUUCCGGUGGAUCCGCAGUUCUCUUUUGCCUACGGUCUGCAGUACACUGGUUUCUCGAUGGACAACAUUCAGCUGGAGGUGAAGAAGCCUAAAUCCGCCUUUCCUGCUCCGCGACCAGCCCCCGGUGCCAGACCCCCGGUGUACAACGGCACGAUGCCCGCCGUCGAGGAGGCCUUGUGGCCUAAAGACAUUCGUCGCCUGGACAAGUACAUUUACCCAUAUAUCGAUUCCGCAUCUGAUAUUCGACACGGGCACUACCCUUACCCCGAAGGCUACGAUACUGAGCAGCCCUUGUCUGGCGCUGGUGGCGACGAGGGUGGCAAUCCUGAUCUGUGGGAGACAUAUGCUGUGAUCAGUAUCGACAUGCGCAACUCCGGCAAGUUUCCAGCCAAAGCCGUGCCACAGCUUUGGCUAUCAUACCCGCCAAACUCUGAGGCUACGGUGGACUUUCCCAAGCGCGUGCUGAGAGGGUUCGAGAAGUUUUAUCUCAAACCCGGGCAGUCAAAGACGGUGAAGUUCCCCGUGACGAGGCGUGAUCUGAGUUACUGGAACGUGGAGGAGCAGAAUUGGAUGAUGUUGACCAAAGGCAACUACAUAUUUAGCGUGGGAUUGGAUGAGAGAACCCCCGUUCGCCAGAUACUAUGGUAAGGCGCUGUAGGAUGAUAUUAAAUGCGA